AUGUCUAUGAGAGCGGAGGCUCUGCCCACAGCUACAGUAACUGUAAAGUCUCCUGAGGGUCCAUACUACCCUGGAGAUGAGGUCACUCUGAGGUGUGAUAUAGCAGAGUACGUAGACUGGUAUCAGUAUUACUGGUACAGAGACCAGGAUUCCAUUAAAAAUGGGGAAAGUCGAUCCAUCACCAUUUCCCUCCCUGAUCAAGCUGGCCAGUACCAGUACACAUGUGAAGGGACCAGGGAAGAUAAUCCAAAGACUUCUCAGCGUAGUACACCUGCCUCUAUGACUGUAACAGAUUUUCCAGUGCCUUCAUUGACAGUACAACCCAGUCCUGUGUUCACUGGAGAAGCAGUCACUCUGACGUGUGUAAUACAGCCUUCAACUGGCUGGACAUAUGCAUGGGAUAAGCCCCUGUCAUCCACAGCCUCUGAGACAAUCACCCACAUCUACACCAUCAGCAGAGCCUCUGUGUUUGAUCAGGGGGAGUACAAAUGCUCAGGAGUGAGAGAUGGAAGCAGGAAAUCAUCACCUUACAGCAACACUGUUCAGCUUAUAGUGAGACCUCUUCCCACAGCUACAGUAGAGUCUCCUGAGGGUCCAUACUACCCUGGAGAUAAAGUCAUUCUGAAGUGUGAUAUAGCAGAAUACACAGGCUGGUAUCGGUAUUACUGGUACAAAGAUGGAUAUUCCAUUCAAAAUGGGGCAAGUCGAGCCAUCACCAUUCCCCUCCCUGAUCAAGCUGGCCAGUACACAUGUGAAGGGAGCAGAAUAAAUAGACCAAAGACUUCUCAGCGUAGUACACCUGCCAUUAUCAGUAUAACAGCCCUGCCCACUGCUACAGUGACCAUAGAGCCAGAGAGUCCAGUGUAUGUUGGAGAGGAAGUCACUCUGAAGUGUGUGAUAUAUUCUGAGGGUGACUGGGCGUAUAAGUGGUUUAAAGGGUCCAGCAGUAAUCAUCUCUCUCAGCCUGACACCAGCACACUGACCAUCACAGCAGCAGCCAAGUCUGAUGAGAGUCAUUACUGGUGUCAGGGAAAGAUAAGAGGCAGAGCUGUGUCUUCACAGAUGAGUGGACGUGUUGAUCUUGCUGUGAAAGAUCUCCCCACAGCUGCAGUAGCUGUAGAGUCUCCUCAGCCUCCCUUCUAUUCUGGAGAGAAAGUCACUCUGAGGUGUGACAUAGAACAGUACACAGAGAGGGAUCAGUAUGUCUGGUAUAAAGGCAGUCAGCAGAUAUCCAGACAGAAAAAGAAGACUAUCACCGUCUCUCGUCCUGAAGAUGCUGGCCAGUACACAUGCAAAGGGCGUAGAGGAGUUCGGCCGAUUAAUUCUCAGCACAGUGCAUCUGUCUCUAUCAGUGUCACAGCCCUGCCUACACCUACACUGAGUGUGCAGCCAGAGAGUCCUGUGUUCACUGGAGAGGAAGUCACUCUGAAGUGUGAGAUUGAGCCUGAGGGUGUCUGGAAGUACAAGUGGUAUAAAGACAAGAGCAAUAUCCCACAUUCUCAGACUUAUACCAACACAUACCCCAUCACUGCAGCUGCUGAGUCUCAUGAGGGCCAGUACUGGUGUCAGGGGGAGAGGACAGACAGACCCACAACAUCACAACCAAGCAGGAAGAUAAAGCUUGAUGUCAAAGCUCUGCCCACAGCUACAGUAACUGUAGAGUCUCCUGAGGGUCCAUACUACCCUGGAGAUGAGGUCACUCUGAAGUGUGUUGUAGCAAACUAUAGAAAAUGGUAUCAGUAUAACUGGUACCGUACUGGUCGUCCUGCAGAUCCAUUUUACUAUAAGAGUCAAACCAUCACCAUUACUCUACCUGAUAAAGUUGGCCAGUCCCACUACACAUGUGACGCAUUCAGAGGCAACAGACCACAGCAUUCCAAGCGCAGUGACCCGCUAUCUAUCAGUACACAAGCGCUGCCUUUGGCUACACUGACUGUAGAGCCCCAGAGUCCUGUGUUCACUGGAGAGACGGUCACUCUGGAGUGUGUGAUAGAGUCUCUCACUGGCUGGACAUAUAAGUGGUAUAAGGAGUCUAGCAGAAGCCCAGUGUCUGAGGGAAACAUCUUCACCAUCAGAGGAGCUGCUGAGUCUCAUAAGGGCCAGUACUGGUGUCAGGGGGAGAGGAGACACAGACCCACAGCAUCACAACCAAGCAGGAGAAUAACUAUUGAUGUCAAAGCAUCAAAGCCCAAACUCAUAUUAGGUCUAUCAGGCCACCAGCUCUUCACAGGAGACUCAAUGACUCUGAGAUGUGAGUUGGGCGUUUCCUCUGGUUUGGUGUUCUACUGGUACAGAGACACACAGACCUCUGAUCCUGUGGCCCAGACUAAUGGAGACUCCUACAGCAUCAGCUCUGUUAAAGUCUCUGAUGGAGGACAGUACUGGUGCAGAGCUGGGAGAGGAGGCCCAGUCUACAAUACUCAAUAUAGUGAUGCAGCUAAGAUAAAGGUUACAGACUUGACUGAUGCAUAA